UAGAAAUCUAUAGAAGAGCUAUACAACUUUCCAUAGGCGCGGUACUAUUUUUAUUUACGCGUCACUUUCCACUGCCGCGUCUAUGCGCGUAAGUGUACACUGUCGCGCACCUCCGAGGCAGUUUGCGACCUCUCGGGUAUUUUGGAUCUAACUCCCUCAUCCUAUAUCAGAAUGAGGUGAUCCAAGAUGAGUUUGAAAGCUAGCGAAGAGCUAUACAACUUUCCAUAAGCAUGUCACUCUAUUUGUAUGCACAAUACCUUCCACUACCAUGCCUAUGCGCGUCAGUGUUCCUUGUCACGAGUAUUCAUAUUGUUCUUCUAUGUUAUUUCACAUGUUCAUUUGCUUCUUUUAGCUUUGGAUGAUCCUCUCUGACUUAGAUAAUAACAUUCAUUAUCUUCUCUUUGUCUUAAGCUAUAUCUAGGUAUCUAUAAGUAUUUUUAGACGCCUACAGUAUGUUAAUGAAAAGAACAUUGUUUGAAGUUUGGAUUUGUGUGCUUUUAUUUUGUUUCUCAUAGGGUGUUUGGGUUACUUUUUUUCUCAUAGGGUGUUUGGGUUACUUUUUUUUCUUAUUAUUAUGAUGUAAGAUGAGCUUUUUUCAGUCCCCAUCCUUUCCCUUAAAAGAAAAAAAUAUAUCAGACUUGAAGAAAAUUCUGCCUCAUUUUGCAGGUUGAGUGAGAACAAACAGUCAUGGCUGUCAUCAAACUCGAAAAACAGUAUUACGCAACUAGUAGUUUUGUUAUAGGAUAUGCUCCAUGUUCUAGUUUGCUUGCCAUAAUCAACAAAUAUGCAAUCACAAAGUUCAACUACCCGGGCCUCUUAACUGCACUUCAAUACAUGACCUCAGCUCUAGGAGUCUCGAUUCUCGGAAAAUUAGGGUUUCUAUAUCAUGACGCCUUCACCCUAGAAAUAGCUAAGAAGUUCUUCCCUGCUGCAGUUGUCUUUUACCUCGCAAUAUUCACCAACACCAAUCUCCUCCGCCAUGCCAAUGUCGACACUUUCAUCGUGUUCAGAUCACUGACUCCUCUUCUUGUUGCCAUUGGUGACACAACAUUCAGAAAACAACCAUGCCCUUCGAAGCUCACUUUCUUAUCUCUAGUGAUCAUAUUGGGUGGUGCAGUUGGUUAUGUUAUGGAUGAUUUAGGCUUCACGCUCACAGCAUAUUCAUGGGCUUUUGCAUAUUUGAUCACAAUCACUACUGAGAUGGUGUAUAUCAAGCACAUGGUGACAAACCUAGGGCUCAACACUUGGGGUUUUGUGUUGUACAACAAUCUGUUGUCCUUGAUGUUGGCUCCUUUGUUUUGGUUUGUAACUGGAGAGUACUCUGAUGUUUUUGCUGCUGUUGGAUCGAGUUCAGGAGACUGGUUUGCGAUGGAUGCACUUGUUGCGGUGAUGUUAUCUUGUGUUUUUGGAUUGCUUAUCAGUUUAUUUGGAUUUGCGGCGAGGAAAGCAAUAUCUGCUACGGCAUUUACAGUCACUGGCUUGGUUAAUAAGGGGGGGUUAUUCAUUGGGAUGGAGAACUCCAACGAUGACUUUAAAGUUUCUGAUCUUCCUCUAGAGGCACCACGCAAUGUUGCUCCGAUUGAUGGUGAUUCUGAUGAGGACGAUGACAUACAAACUCAACAAGCACAACAGACAGCUGCAUCACGUUGGAGAGAACAAAUGCAAUCAGUUACUGGGCCUCCAAGUCAGCUUGACUCUACAACUUCUAAACAGGCAAAAAGUGUGGAUGGAGGUAGUGAUUCUGACAAUGAGAAGCAAGGAGUUAGCAAGGAUUCGAGUGUACGAACUUUGUGA